CUGCCACGUGUUCCUCACCCCUUCCUGCCGCUGCCCGUGGAGCUGCUAGCCUCGCUGCGGGCUGCGAGAUCGCCGCGAGUGGCACAUGGGUGGGAGGCACCGCUUGGGUUGCAUCCAUUGCCCUGUCAGCCCUUUGCUGCCUGCCCGGAGGGGCCGGGCGCUGUGACCGUCCCCUGCACAUCUCUCCGUGCAGAAAGCAGAAGUGAGCUCCGUUUUCUGCAGCUGUCCUGGAAGUGGAAGAGUUUGCUUCAGGAAUGGGGAACUGAAAUGCACGGCUUCGCUCUCCUCUCCUGAGGCCGCUCAGAACGUGAGAAUUAGCAGAGAGCCCACAGGUGGUCACUGUGUGUUGGGGCGGUAUUGAGAAGUGUCUUUUGGGGAGCAGGAGGGCACGUUGCCCCGUGGUUAGGCCCGGUGCUGGCCCUGCUCCACAUCAGCGCUUCCCGACCCCACAGACACCAGGGCACGGGGCAGCACUCCCUCUGUUUGCUGGGCUGGGCAGGAGAGCCGUGCCCUCAUCGUCUGUCUGGGAGCGGCACGCUGCGGGUUAAUGCACACCAAGGGCUUUGUGCGUGUUUGGGUAGUGCUGAUUGGCACUGGGCUGGCAGUCUGUGUGUGCAAACAGCGAGCUCGGGGUGGGUUUGCAGGACUCGUGCUUGUUCCAUGUGCAGCUGGGGGAGCCCCAAUUUAGGUGCCCUGGAGGAGGUUCAGUGGUUCUGCAGUUCUUGACCAGAUGAACAUCCAUAACUCACGCCUGUGCUGCUCGGGGUUUGCUCUGCUCUUUGCAGCUCCUGUUUCGACACGUCUUUUUGGAGGCGUUCUGCAUUGCUACCAAAUGUGACUCCCCUGUGCUCGGGGGGGUGAAUUUGGAUGGUUCAUUUAAUUAUCCUUUGCCUUUUCGUGACCCACCGGCCUCUGCCAGGUUGGGCUGUGAGGCUUUAAUUAAGAUGUCUUUCAAUGUAACAGGAGUUGAUGGAGUGGGAUGGGAGCGGCCGCGCAUUGCUUCUGCUGGGAGCACACAGCUGCACCUUGCAGGGCCGUGGCGAAGGCAUGGAAUUGUCCUGGGGAGGGAUGGAGGGAUGGGCAGGGAUGUGCUGGGAGGUGCCUUUGGGAUGCCAUCCCUGGGUGAAGUGGGGGUCCCAGGGGCAGCCGCUCCCGUGCUGUGUGAGUUGAUGAUAAAGUGUGGUUUGGUGCUGCUGCAGUGCCCUACGAGGUGCUCGCGUUGCAGGAUCCAUCCCAGCAGCCCCGUAGUGAGCAAACAUCUCAGCAGCAUUCCUAGCACCACCUGUCCGUGUAGGGGCACGCACCGAUGUGCAGAGCAGGGCUGUGCCGUGCCGUGCCCUGCUGGCAGCUGCCAUCACCCCGUGCUGCUUCAUGACCCUCCCGUGUGCUCUGUGCCUCACACCAGCCCAUCCCCACUCCCAUCCAUAGGGAUGCCUGCUGUGCACAAGGGCUUGGGGCUGCACUCCCACCCUGUUCUGCUGUCCCUGGUUCCAUGGGCUCAGCUCUGCACCGCACCGUGGCUUUGUCUGCCCAGCGCGCUGCCUGCUCCAUUUGUCAGUCUGGCAGCAGACAGGUGCAGUCAUUCAUCGUGCUGUGCUGUGUGAGCUGAUGGAGCACGGGGGGAAACCUUGGCCUGUGCUGGCCCCUCGUCCCACUGCUUAUAUCCAAAAGGAUGCUCUCGGUUUUCUAUGCUACAAACCAGGCUGGGGUUAACGCGCGGCUCUUCCAGGCAGGGCUGGCGGAGGCUGUGCUGCAGGGAAGGGAAGAAAUACAGAGUUGAGGGGGGAUUUAAAGCUGGUGGCGAGGCACUGCGUGGUGUCCCCGUGCCAAUCUCCCUUCCUGCCGACUGCAGUGUCCUGGAGCACUGUCCCAUCCCGCCUGCUCGGCGCCCACCCAGCAGCCCAAGGACGCGCCGCCCGGCG